CCUGGUUGAGAACUAUUGUGCUGGAGGAUGUCAGCACAGCCCAUGGACCAGCACAGCCCAGCCCCUUAAGUUCCCCAAGCUGCAGGAGAAAUAGCUCUGGGCAUCGCUAGCCCAUGGGCGGGCUAGCUGCUUGUUGGAAGGCCGGUUUUCUGUUCCACAUACUGUCCCUUGUUGAAAUGGAGAAAGUACACUCAGAUCUGAAGUGUCGUGAAGCACCCAGUAGGCUCUAUACUGGGGGGGAGCAUCAGUGCACAGGUCCCAAGAUUGUACCGAUUUGCAGACAGCAGUUUCAGAUGUGACCCCAUGUGCCAACUCGCUGCAUCUGCAUAUAGAUACACACCUUUAAUUCUAAAACCAUGAUUCAGAACUGUAUUUGAGUGGAACAAAAUAGAAGUUAACAAAUAGCAUAAUCCAGUCAUAAAUUCUCCAGCCUCUUUCUGACUCUGUAGACUAUGUACUUUGUAGGAGCAAUUCCAUCUCUUGAACCUUCCUCCCUUUGACCCUUAUAUGACUAAUGAGAACAUUCACAGUGACAUUGGAUAAGAUAAAAUAUGCAAGGGGAGUGACAAUUCAAGACUAAAGCCAAUGUUUGACAGGUUAAGAAGAAAUUUCCCCCAUGAUCAGGUUAUUUUCUAGUUGCCCACUAUUACAAGGACCUUGAUGUCUUAUUCUGAAGUAUGGGGUAUGAGCCCCAUAAGCAGCAGUAUACUGAUCAAGAGGGACCACAGGUCUGAUCUGUUUUGGCAAUUUUUAUGUUCCCUCCCAGCCGUCCCACAAUACACAAGCUACUUGGUUCCCAAAAUAAUUUAUUUUGCUGCCCACCACAAAGGGUUCCAUGGAUGAUAGAUUCACAACCCAUGUUCUAAUAAACUAAUAAUGAACAGAAAACAAACAAGACUCAGGCCUGCUACCCCACACUUCAAUCUAUAUCUCCUGGUGGCAGGGCUGGGGAAUUAUGGGCUGCGAGGAACCCGACAUAACGUGGGAAUGGCGGUGCUCAAUCAUCUGGCCCAGAAGUUGAACGUCGCUGCCCAGUGGAAAGUGGACAGACGCUGCUGUGCAGACGUGACCAUCGCUAAUGUGGAGGAAGCAGAGCUGGUGCUGAUGAAACCUCGGCGGCUCAUGAACAUCAAUGGACUCAGUGUAGCAAGCGCUGCUGAAACUUACGACCUCGGGGUAGAAGACAUUUACCUGGUUCACGACGACCUGGACAAGCCGCUGGGGAAGAUGGCGAUAAAGCUGGGAGGCAGCGCAAGGGGGCAUAACGGGGUCCGUUCCUGCAUCAGCUCCCUGCACUCAGACUGCAUGGUGCGGCUCAGGGUUGGCAUCGGCCGGCCAGUGGGGGAAGCCAUGGUGGAUCGCUACGUACUGGGCCGGUUCACCAGCGCUGAGCACGAGGUCCUGCAGCGCAUCCUGGAGCAGGCGGCCGACCUCCUGCUGGAACACAUCCUGCAGAGAAGCAGCGGCAAGGACCACACGCCCCCUGGCGACGCGGGGGACAGGACACCUCCUUAACCCCAGGAGCUGGGGGAGUUUUUAUGAAUAUGGUGCUGACGGAAAGCAGUGGUCCUGGACUCCUUCAUGGGCCUCUGGGCAGAGCUGCCGGGGUGGGCUGGGGGAGCGAAGCAGAGAGCACUGACCCCAGGAAGCUCCUGGCAAUGAAACUGGUGGGGGAGGUGGCGGACUGCCAGGCAGGUGCUAUUCCUGCACUCCCCCACUCCCCCUCGUCAGGUGACAGGCUUCUCCCAACCCCACUAGCGCUGGCAAAGGCAGCCCGGUAGAUGGCCUGGCUCCACAUGGCCAAGUGCCCGCGCCUGGCGCUGCAGCACCAUGGGGAGUAAGGAGGAGCCCGAGAGAGACUCCAAGCCCCAGGCUCCACCCCAGACCCCAGCUGGAGGCUUGUCGUGGUCAGGGGCGCCUGCCUCCUUGCCCAGCUUGGGAUCACUGUGUCCCAGCAGCACCUUGUCCCUGCCCCUGCAGAACAGGUCUGGGACUUCAUGUCUGGCCUGGUCUCAGCUUUGCCUUGUCCAUCCUUGGUCCCCAGCCAGGCACUUCAGUAACUCCAUCGUUUUAUAGGGCAGUUUUGCAUAGACUGUACAAUAAACCCAGGCGCCCAGUCGGCACACG